AUGGAAACACAAGAGGCAGCAAAUAUUGAGUCUAAAGAAGAAAAACAAAGUGGAACGGCAGAUGUAAUAGAUACAAAAAAAGAAGAUGAAAACUCAAGAAAGAAGGAAGAUAAUAAUAAUGAUGAUAAUAAAUCUAGCGAUAAAAACCAACCUGCUGAUGAUAAUAAAUCUAGUGAUAAAAAUCAACCUGCUGAUGAUAAUAAACCCAAUGAGGGAAGUGAUAAUGUUAUGAAUAUGUUUUUGAAUUAUCUACAAAAAAAUAAAGAUGAUCCAGCUAUCCUUCAAACCAUGAUGUCUAUGAUGGCUAAACAAGAUAAAAAUAAUUUAUCAUCCAGUGAUCUUUUGUCGUUUACAAAUAGUUUAAAUAAAAAAGAUGAAGAGAAGUGUGAAAAAAAUAAGGAAGAAGAUAAAAAGGAAAAUUGCGUACCAGGCGAUGUUGAUAAGAAGUCCAAUGAAUUAAUAUCAAAGAAAGAGGAAAAGGACGAGAAUGUGUCUACGUUGGACAGUCAAAAAAAUAAUAGUAUAAAACCAAUAAGCGAAAGUGAUAAUAAGGAAAAUAAUGAUAGUAAUAAUAAUAAUGAAGAAGUUGUUAAAAAAAAGCACAGUGUACUUGUAGAAGAUAAUGAUGAUUAUGAAAUUGAAGAAACUGCAGAAACGAAAGAACCAGUAGAAGAAGAAGCAAUAUCAAUAAUUGAAAAUAUAAAUAUUGAUAAUAAAGAGAAAAAAGGGAAUGAUUUAUUUAGCGCUACUAGUAGUACAAUUGACAAAAAUGAUAAUAAUAAUAAUAAUGAUAAUAAUAAUAAAAAUAAUGAUAAUAAUAAAAAUAAUGAUACUACCACUAGUAGUAGUAAUAAUAAAGAAAGUAGUGAUUUUAAAUUAUAUCAUUCAAAAAAUACAUGGGAAGAACUAAAAAUUGAUAACGAAUUAAUACAAAUAUUAACCUAUUUAAAAUUUUUAGGACCAUCAAAAAUACAAGCUUAUGCAUUACCUAUAAUUUUAAGUAGUAAUAAGAAUUUAAUAGCUCAAUCACAAAAUGGAUCAGGAAAAACUUUAACCUUUGUUAUUGCAAUGUUAUGUAAAAUUAAUAGAACAUUUUCAUCUUUACAAGCUGUUUGUAUAUGUCCUACAAGAGAAUUAUCACAACAGAAUUAUGAUGUAGUGUGUAACUUUACAAAAUAUUUAAAUGUUAAAGUUUUUUUGGCUGUACCAUUAUGUGAGAGAUAUAAUAAAUCAGGAGGAUAUCAAAUAUAUGUAGGUACUCCUGGAAAAACAUUAGAUUUUUUAAAACGAAAAUUUAUUGACACAAAAAAUAUAAAAUUAUUUGUAUUAGAUGAAGCAGAUGAUUUAAUUGAUAUAAAAAAUAAUAUGUCUUCACAAGUCGAAACAAUAAAAAGAUUUUUACCUCGAUCUUGUCAAAUACUAUUAUUUUCUGCAACAUAUAAUGAUAGUGUACGUAAAUUUGCAGAUCAAUUUGCUCCUAAAGCAACAAAGAUAAGUGUAAGACAAGAAGAUUUGACAUUAAAAUGUGUAAAACAAUAUUAUUUAAUAACAGAAAAUGAUGAACAGAAAUAUUAUUAUUUAUCAGAAUUAUAUUGUUCCAUGACAAUAUCACAGUGUGUUAUAUUUGUAAAUUCAAAAAAAUCAGCAUAUAAUUUAUAUAAUUUUAUGACAGAAAAUAAUCAUAAUGUAACAUUAAUUUGUGCUGAUAGUAUUAUAAGUCGUUUUACAAAAAAUCAAAUUCAAAAAGCAAAUGUUCUAGGAAUGGAUCCAAAAACAAGAGAUACCCUCAUGUCAGAUUUUAAAAAAGGAAUAUCAAAAGUAUUAAUAUGUACAGAUUUAUUAUCUAGAGGUAUUGAUGUACCAUCUAUAAGUUUAGUAAUUAAUUUUGAUUUACCAUAUAUAUAUCAAGGAAGAAUAGGAGAUAAUAUAAAUAAUGCAUCCAAUCAACGCGUUAAUAUGGAAACAUAUAUACACAGAAUUGGUAGAACAGGUAGAUUUGGAACUAAGGGUAUGGCAAUUAAUUUUAUUAGUAAAAAUCAAAUGUCUCAUAUUAAACAAAUAGAAGAAUAUUAUAAAUGUUCCAUAGCCGAUCUUGAAUUUGAUUCAGAAUUAAUGAUAACAUCUUUAACCAAAUUGAAAAAUUAA